AUGGGAAACUGCUCCUCCUGUCUCGGCAACCGCCGCCGUGACGUCUACGAGGAGGAUGACGAGUCGCGGCUUCUAUUCGACGACCCCAACGGGGUACACUAUGGCAGCUUCGGCGAGCAGCAGAUGAACGGGCACGAGGACCCACAGGAGGUCCAAAGAGAGAUUGAGGCUCUGCAGCGCGUGGUGGCUCGCACCUCCGACAACAUGGUCGACGUCUACGAGAUCGCGCCGCAUGACAAGUCCAUGCAUGCCGCGGCUGCUGCGCCUUAUGCGUACGCCGGCCAGGAGGCUCGCAUGGCCCGAUACCAGAACCUACUCUCGAAGCUGUCCCACGACGAACUAGCCACCGCCGCGAGAGUUGAUUGGGAGGCUGCCGACGAUGACAACAUCGAGAUGCAGGGGAAUACAUUGCCGGUCAAGGCCGAGGCCACUGAACCGCUUGUUGGGGAUUUCGCCGACGCUGCAGCCGCGAUGCGGUGA